AUGCAUGCAGGUGCCGGCCAUUUGCAUCAUCCACCCAUUUCGCCCGCCACACCCAGCAGUAACAAAAUGCAGACACGUGAAUUCAGUCCAGUGAUCCUUUUCCAUGAUUAUUCAUAUCCUGCAUCACCAUCCAGCACCGAAAGGAUGCAUAUACCUUGUGGUGAUCCAUAUUACAGCCCACUCAUUGAGCAAAAAAGAAGCAAGAUCAAUGAAAUGCUUGAGAUCAAUGGCAGACUUUGGAAUAAUGUCAUGCGUAACAAUCGUGAGAGCUCGCCUAAUAGCAAUCAGCACCACCCAUCAUUUGGAAACAACAAAAAUCAAACAAUGAACCAGCAUCAUCACCAGCACGAUCAUUUGACCUCGUUACCGCCAUUGUUAUCCCCUUCAUUAUCUACACAGCAACAACGACCACAAAGCAUGAGAUCACCACCAAUCUUUUUUUCUUCAUCUGAAGUACAAGCUGAGGAUAGCAGCAGCAGCAUCAGUGGUAGCAGCAGCGGUGAAGAAGACUCUCACCAUUACAGCGGCGAGCGAUACAACAUGACAACAAUCACCCCUCCCUAUUAUUGCGACUUUACAAGACAAAAGCCAUCUCGUGAGCUCAGCCAAUUUGAUACAGGCAAAUCGAUCUUUGACGGCGUGGUGCGAAGACGUAGAGGCAACCUUCCAAAGCCUGUUACGGCCAUCCUCAAGCAAUGGUUGAUGGAACAUUGCUCCAAUCCAUACCCAACUGAAGAUGAAAAAAAUUGGUUGCAAAGGCGAACAGGGCUUACGCUCAACCAAAUUAGCAAUUGGUUUAUCAAUGCACGUCGUCGUAUCUUGCCAAUGAUCCUUCUCAAGGCUGCUGCUGCUGAAGGACGGCCUUUGGAGCGAUACAGGAAAAGACGUGGUAAACCUCCAUCAGCAGCAUCAUUGAUUCAACCUUAUCAUGUCAAUGCCAAAUCGAAACCACAAGAGAUGCUGGUCAUCAAGAAACGUGGUACCAAGCGAUCGGCCUAUGCUAACGAUCUUGACGAUCCUCACCAGGCUAAAUACAACAAAGGCGUUUGA